AAUUUGAUGGCCUGGAAGCCUUGCGCCUGGAAGGCAACACAGUGGGUGUGGAGGCAGCGAAGGUUAUUGCCAAAGCCUUGGAGAAGAAAAGUGAGCUCAAGGCUCUUCCUGCAGGAGCCUGCUUUGAGUUACCCCCAAAAUGAAAAUACAGCAUAACUUGGGGACUUUGGGAUAAUGGAAACACCUUCCUGUAACUUACUGUUUGGAAGACUUCCAAUCUUAAAACUGGGAAGCUGUGUGACGGAGAACCUCUGCUGAGGGCAUCAUCUGUAAACAAAGAGCCAUGACAAAAAAACCCCACAAAGUUCAAAUGAAGUUCUCUGGAAAUCUGAGUUGGAUCUUCUGGGGAGUGAGUCUUCAGAGAAUGUCUGAGUAGGGAGGAAAUAAUGGAGGAAAUGCAACUUUGCCCAAGCUAUGUUUUCCUACUGUUGCUCUAGCCUAAUGGUAAGGGGAUGCUGUGCUGCUAGAGACACUACACUGUCCCUUGAAAGAGAGUGGUAUGAGACAUUAAUCACCCAAGUGUGGCUUUUCAAAGGUGUCAUUGGAGUGACAUGUUCACAGGCAGGCUAAGGUCUGAGAUCCCUCCUGCUUUGAUCUCUUUGGGGGAUGCACUCAUUGCUGCUGGAGCCCAGCUGGUGGAAUUGGACCUGAGUGACAAUGCUUUUGGGCCAGACGGUGUGCGUGGCUUUGAGGCUCUGCUGAAGAGCCCUGCAUGCUACACUCUGCAGGAACUCAAGCUCAAUAACUGUGGCAUGGGCAUUGGUGGUGGCAAGAUAUUGGCAGCUGCUCUGAAAGAGUGUCACAGGAAAUCAAGUGCCCAGGGCAAGCCUCUUGCUUUAAAAAUAUUUGUGGCUGGCAGAAAUCGUCUGGAGAAUGAUGGUGCCACUGCCCUGGCUGAAGCCUUUGGGAUCAUUGGAACUCUAGAAGAGGUCCAUAUGCCACAGAAUGGAAUUAACCAUCCUGGCAUAACAGCACUGGCACAGGCCUUUUCUAUCAACCCAUUGCUUAAGGUUAUAAACUUGAAUGACAACACCUUCACAGAGAAAGGAGCUGUGGCCAUGGCAGAGACUCUGAGGGCGCUUCGGCAGAUUGAAGUGAUCAACUUUGGGGACUGCCUGGUGCGUUCCAAGGGUGCUGUUGCUAUUGCUGAUGCUGUUAAAGAAGGGCUUCAUAAAUUAAAGGAACUGAAUUUGUCUUUCUGUGAAAUCAAACGAGAUGCUGCUCUGACUAUUGCUGAAGCUAUUGAAGAUAAGACAGAGUUGGAGAAAUUAGAUCUCAAUGGUAACUGUUUGGGAGAAGAGGUAUGUGAGCAGCUCCAUGAGAUCCUCGAAGGCUUCAAUAUGGCAUCAGUGCUGGGAUCUUUGAGUGAUGAUGAAGGGGAUGAGGAUGAUGAUGAGGAGGAAGAUGAUGAGGAAGAGGAAGAAGAGGAGGAACAGCAACAGCUGAAGGAGAGGGGAGUGGAAGAACAGGAGUCACUGACUCCUAAGAAGAUAAUCGACUCACAGGCUUCAACUCCAGUGCCAUCUCCUCCUGUGGAUGUUGCCACAUUUCUUGCUUUCCCAUCACCAGAGAAGCUGCUGCGACUAGGACCAAAGUGCUCUGUGCUGAUAGCUCAGCAGACAGAUACAUCUGAUGUAGAGAAAGUAGUUGCAACCCUCCUAAGGAUAUCCUCAGUCUUCAAAGAUGAAGCCCCAGUGAAAACAGCGGUGCAUGAAACAACAGAUGCCUUGAUGAAAAAAGCCUUCAGUUCUGCCACAUUUAAUUCGGAUGCAUUCAUCACAAACCUCUUGGUCCACAUGGGACUGCUGAAGAGUGAAGAGAAGAUCAAAACCGUUCCAAGUCUUUAUGGUAUUCUUAUGACCUUGAACCAUAUGGUCCAGCAGGAUUAUUUCCCUAAAUCACUGGCCCCAGUUCUCUCGGCUUUUGUUACAAAACCCAACCGUGCUCUUGACUCCUGUUCAUUUGCUCGCCACAUGCUCUUACAGACCCUCCACCAGCUGUAAGACACAAGAGAUGUCAAGAUGACAACAGGUGUGUCCUUCCUUCCCCAAAGGACUGUCAUCAGCAGAGAACUUGGAGCUGCAUAGUGGGAGAGGAUCCCAGAGCCCAUACAGACAUGCUGUCCAUUUUUCUUCCCUGUAGGAAGUCUGUCCUUCCUUCUGCUUUCAUAAACUUGAACAAAUCCUUGCUGAAUUGUCUUCUACUCCUCUUGAAGUGAUUCCAUGGUCUGUAGGGCAGGUGCAUAUGCUAAAAUAUGUCUAUACUGCUGUGAACUCAGCAUGAGUUGAAGAGUUUUCUGUUUUGGUUGCAUUGGCAAGGGUGCCAAGACUAACAUGGGGCCCAGAAGAGCUCUCAUCUGGAUCAACCAUUGAUCAAGUUGGGCAUUUUAUUUUAUUGGACUUUGACUCCUGCCUUAUAGCAUUUAGUGUUGUGCCAGAGGGAGGCUGUGCUGCUGCUGCCCUGCUUCUCUGGCCAUGGGGGUGCUGCUCAUGGCUCAGAGGAGUGAUGUGUGAUCCCCUUUGGUUCUUCUUUCAAGUCUGUUGUCAAAGGCAGUGUGUUGCUGAUUUUUAUUUUAAUAUACUCUUCCCCUUCUGCUGUGGCUUGGAGUAUUUGUGUAGUGUGGCUGAUCCUGGUCGCCAUUGCUUAAGGGAGCAAGUAUAUUUUAUUGUAAAUUUU